UCCACACGAGUCAGCGCAGACCGACACCCCAAGGACGUUUCUGCUCUUUUGAGACUUUUUUUUUUUUUUUUUUACUUUUGUGUGUGUUUACCUGAGAUGAUGAGACUGGAAGAAUGUGAGGAGUUCAGCUCAGUGUUUUUGUCCGUUUUAUUUUUCUUUUUAUUUCAAGGGGCCACCUGUCAACUCGUGGUGUCUCCUGUUGGUCCAGCUCAGGUGAGUGCAUUAAGUGGCAGCAAUGUGACUCUGGCUCUGAGCUUUAGUGGUCCCCCAGACCCAGUGAUUACCUGGUCUAAAGGAAAUUUACCUGUUGGCACGUGGACCAUAAACUCCAAUUCCACUCCAGUCAUCGCUCCAGACAGCACCAGCGUGCUCAGAAUUGAAAGCAAUGGAUCCCUUACCUUUAUUAAAGUACCGCUUCGUUUUACUGGUAACUACACCGUCGAACUAACAAAGUCUGGACUGGAUAAAGUUUCCACAACUUUCACUUUGAAGAUAUUUGAAAACAUCCAGAAUGUGACUCUGAGCACACGGCCGGACUUUGCCAAAGAGGGAACUGAGAGUUUCACGUUACAAUACAGCAUGCUUCAAGGAGUAGUCGAGCAACAGAAGUGGCUCUUUAAUGGCGUGGAGGUGCAAAACAGCGCACACUAUCUCACAGAGAGCCAGAGUCUCGUGAUCCUCAGACCAAACCGGAGUGACACUGGAUCGUACACGCUGACACUGACGAACCCCUUCAACAGUGUGACCACUCAAAAAAGUGUGACUGUUUUCUAUGGACCUGAUGAGCCCACAGUUGCAGUACAUCCAGCUCUGCCUUUCUAUGAAGCAGGAGACUCUUUGAACCUUUCCUGUCAGGCGCAGGGAUCUCCACCGCCGAUUGUCGAGUGGAUGUUCGGUGGAGAAAUCGUUUCUAACUCUCAACAAGGAAACCUGAUUUUAAGAAAUGUGCAGGCCAGUCAAGGAGGUGUCUACAAGUGUUCUCUGCUCAACAGCAUGACUGCAGAAAAGCAGGAAAAGAAUGUGACUUUAAAUAUUUAUGAGAGGCCACAGGGCGCACCGAUGUGCUCCGUGCAUUCGGUGACUGAUGCCACCCUGCAGUAUCGGUGUGCAUGGAUAGGGGGUACCCCGCAGGCCCACCUGUCUUUCCCAGUCCUAAGCAACACCAGUACCGGAACAGAAAACUUCAGCCUGGCUGUGAACGCCUCAGCUAAUCUUAACAAGAAAACAGUCGUUUGUAUGGCAGACCACCCCCUCGAGCAGAACAAGUGCGAUGUUACUGCAAGUGCUCCUAUGAUGUUCCUUCCAUCUGUAAAAAACACAGUCGAUCCUGAUGGUAAAAUUGCGGUUACCAUCAGCUGUUUCAGUACAGCGUCCCCUCGGGCUGUGGUGUCGUGGUCCAGAGGGGCUGAGGCUGUCGUCAUCGGGACGGCACUCCAGAUUAGCGGCAACACAACUCAGCUGAAUAUUCGUUAUUACAAUAUCAGCAGUUUUGUCCUUGUUCCAAACUUCACCUGUACAUGUAGCAACCCACUGGGCAGCCAGGGAGGGCAGAUUCAGCUACAAGGACCAUCAAUCUCGGAUUCCAGUUUGUUCCGUAAUCAAGAUGGAACCAUCAUCACAUUGACCUGGGAGGUCCCACCUACAGCUAUUGUCACAGGAUUUGAAAUUCAAAUGAAAGGACCACCUCUCCUGAACAAAAACGGUAAAACUAUCCCCACCAAAAGCACUUCAGAUGGGUACCACUCCAUUCAGCAAAAACCUGGAUCUGCGAGGAGCGCAGACAUCUUCACGCUUGAUCCCAGCUUGACUUACCGGUUUCGCAUCAUCCCCAAAGCCCGUCUAACUAACGGACCACCAUCUGUGAUUCACAGAAUUGGUCCAGGUGAAGUGCUGAGUGGACCUGCCAUCGCUGGUAUAGCAGCCGGAAUCCCAUGCGGCAUUUUCGUCUUGGUUUUGCUGUGUGGCCUUAUUUAUCUCAUUUUCUACUACAACAAAAAUAAAAAUCGUCAGACAAGAUACCCAGUCUCCAGAGCCGUUGAGAAGACAAAAACCUCCCAGCUAAAUACAACUCCUCAUAAGCUCUUGGCAGGAAAACUGACGUCUCCUCCUGACUACAACAGGUUACAACAGGGUUUCUUUGAAAGAUCUGCGGCUCUGCCUUCGUUUGUCGCACCACCACCCGUCAGAGUUGCAACAACAGUUUAA